AUGUCGAGAAACCAGAUUACGCUGCUGCACUGCGUGUCGUCUCUUUUACUCGCCGUCGUCUCCGUCAAUUCGACCUCUCCUCUCGUCGGUGUUCAUCCAUUAGACGAAAAGUAUUUCGAAUCAGAAAUUAUCAAAUGCAAAGAUGGAUCCAAAUCAUUCACUAGAGACCGUCUCAACGACAACUUCUGCGAUUGUCUCGACGGCACCGAUGAGCCUGGAACAUCGGCAUGUCCAAACGGCAAAUUUUACUGCAGGAACAUAGGAAGUUCUCCAAAGUUUGUAUACUCGUCUCGUGUAAACGAUGGAAUCUGCGAUUGCUGCGACGGAAGCGAUGAGCACGAGAGUAGCAUUCGUUGUCCCAACACAUGUGUAAUGGGUGGUAACCUUAACUACGUUUACAAACCUAGAACCGACCGCAAAUCUAUUGAUAGACAACUCGGUUCAACAAACGAUCCCAAGGAAUUGCUAACCGUAGGGAAUCUUCAGGACAUGGUCAAGAAUCUCCAAGGUAUGAAGCUUGUAUUCGUUCUUCAGCUGGUUCUGAUCGGUUUCUUGAUGCUCUUGUGGAUGCUUAGGCGCGGUGCUCGGUCUAAGAGGAGACGUAAUCUGCUGAAGAUUGUAACUCCGAGUCCCAGUAGAUCAGCUAACUAA